AUGAAGCCUUUUAGCCGGUUUCGACAGCGGUGGAAUGAAAAACAAGGCAAUAUUAGUGAAAUUUCGAUGCCAACUAGCGUGGAAAAAUUAAUUCAUGUAGAGUUUGAUCCUGCGACUGGAAAGUUUAUGGGAAUGCCUGCAUAUUGGCAGGAACUAAUUUCCCAAGCCAACUUCAGUGACGAGGAGCAAAGAAAUCAUCCAGCAGAGAUAAUAAACGCCUGCCAAACCCACGAUAAUUUUAUUAAACAGCAGGAGCACAACGAGAAAUUUUUGGUCGCAAGUGGUAGCAGUUUAGACGACUUAGAUGAAUCUGAUCGGAAGUUAUCAGAUUUAUCCGGAACGGAAAAUGGUAAACCUGGCCACAGUAGUACGGGGUCAGAGUCAAGCAAUGUGCCAGAUGCUUCUAGCCCUCAGUCUUUAUUGGCUAAAGUGAUGACCGGCUCAAAUUUUCAAAAAAAUCAGCAAAGUGAAACGUCCUCACCGGCGGAACCAACCAGUGGAGAUACUCAAAAAAAAACUUACAAACCUCUGCCUGUAUUGAAGCAGCCUGCAGAAGCACCUGUCGUACAAAAUGAAAAGGCAAAAGAUGCUUAUGUGCGUCGGAGAAAUAAGAAGAAGAUGACUGAUGAGGAGUUCUUCGACGCUUUAUGCCACUUGUUGGCGCGUUAUGAUCUUGUUCUCUUCGGUCCAUUGAUUUUCUGUCCCAUCUACAAGGUCAAAGUGAUGGAGCACACUCGUCAUGAAAACAUUGUUAAUUACGUCGAAUCCUACCUGCUACGUGACGAUGGUGAACUCUGGGUGGUGAUGGAGUACCUGGAUGGAGGUCCUCUCACCGACGUCGUCACGGAGACUGUCAUGGAAACUCCUCUCAUCGCGGCUGUUGUCAAAGAGUGUCUCAAGGCGAUCCACUUCCUUCACGAGAAGAAUAUCAUCCACAGAGACAUCAAGUCGGACAACAUCUUGUUAGGAAAGUCGGGCCGCGUGAAGCUAACGGACUUUGGGUUCUGUGCACAGAUGGGUAGUCGACACAGCAAACGCCAGACGAUGGUGGGAACGCCCUACUGGAUGGCUCCGGAAGUCGUCAACAAGGCCGUCAAGUACGGACCCAAAAUCGAUAUCUGGUCUCUUGGGAUCAUGAUCAUUGAAAUGCUCGACGGAGAACCUCCCUAUCUUAAUGAGCCGCCUCUCAAAGCCAUCUACCUUAUACAAACACACGAACGCCCUGAGCCCAAGUCGACCGAAGUCAGCCCAUUGAUGCGUGACUUUCUGGAUAAGUGUCUGCAGGUUGAUCCCGAGAAGAGGGCGUCUGCCGCGGAGUUGUUACUUCAUCCCUUCCUCAAGGAGACCAAACCCCUCGCCGGUUUGUGUGCCUUAAUUGAGGCCGCUCGUCGAAACCUGAACAAACCCGUGUAA